AAAGAAAAAGAGAAAGAGAGAGAGAAAGAGAGGAAGAGAGAGAGAGCAAGAAAGGGAGGUAGAUAAAGCCUGAACCAGCAUCAUGAGCUGUCCACUGCCCUACGACUCCUUGCCCGCUCGGCUGAGCCCCAGGCGAGAGGUGGACUGGGAACGUGAGCAGCUAGCGGCGCGGAGGCUCUCCUCUCCCAGAAGGCUGAGCCUCCUCAACCCUUCUACUGGGCUUCGGCGGCACUCGGCACUCCCCGGGUACACGCUCUCCCCCUUCCAGGAGAAGCAACACCAGGAGCACCAGGAGCAGCUGCAACAGCAUCUCUCAAUAUCCCUGUGCUCCGAGGCCUCCAUGGCGCCACCAGCUCCCCUCAUGGGUGGACCCCUGCCCUGCUGCCGGCCAGUGGGCAUCAUGCCCCUGCUGCGCCUGGCCCUGCUGGCCUUCAGCUGCCUCUUUUGGGCAUCCGGUCUGGCCAUCUUCACCCUGGGCGUGUGGGCCCAGGUAUCGCUGGCCGACUACAUGCUGCUGUCGGCCAACCGCUACCCCAACACCCCACUCAUCCUUCUGGCCACUGGGGCCACCGUCACGGCCUGGGGCUUCCUGGGCUGUCUGGGAGUGGCCGCCAACCUACCCUUCGUGCUGCGGGCAUACGGCUUCAUACAGUUGGCGGCACUGAUGGCAGGGCUAGCCGCCGGCCUCUCGGGACUGUUUUACCGCGAGGACAUCGCCGGAGGGUUCCGUAGCGGACUGCAGCAGGCAGUGGCGGGCUAUGGCGAAGACGAGGGCCGCUCCAAUGCUCUGGAUAGUCUGCAGAGGGGGCUAGAGUGCUGCGGGGCCGAGGGCUGGCGCGAUUGGCUGACCUCGGACUGGGCCAAUCAGGAUGCAGCAUUCUCGCCCAUGGGCAACGGCUCCUCUGUGUCGCUACCCGAGAGCUGCUGCGUCCGACGCAAGGGCUGCCGGAACCGACCCCUGCCAGCAGUGGGGGGCGAAGGGGUGGCGGCUGCUGGGAUCCAUCCCCAUGGAUGUUUCCGGAAGGUGUUCAGUUUCGUCAAUGACAACGUCUUCCACAUUGCUGCCACCGUGCUGGGUCUAGCCUUCACCCAGAUAGGUGGCAUCGCCCUGGCCUGUCUACUAGCUAACCGCCUGCAACCAAGACCACACCGACCAGUCCCACACUAAUAAAGAGAGUGGGCAAUACUGGACCUUGACUAGGGAUCAACCCAUUGGAGAGUAAUACCAUUUGGACUGUACAAUGCCUCUAACUUCAAAUUUCUGAUUGUGUGUGGAAGAGGAAAAUAUAGGAAAUAUAAUUUAACUCUGUCUCUGACAGUGUAGUGUCACUACUUUAACCCAAGAAUGAGGUUAGCUGCUCCUUUUCAUAUCCACUCACCAUCUCUUUCUCCGACCAACAAUCCUGAGAUAUUUACUGUAUAUACACGGACAUCUGUGAAGAGCGACCAUUGACAUGACUGUAAAUAUACUGCUUGCUGCUUACGAACAUGACCCUUUAUGAAAUGUGAAGACUGAACUUUUACAUGUGUGAAGAUGUGCAGUGAAACAAAGUGUUAUUCUGUGCUAUUUUGGCAAGUCAUACCAACUAAUGUGGUUGUUUCUUGUAAAUAAUCUGUCAGAGAAAUUGCACAUUUACUGUUAUAUUUGAACCGUAUGAUUGUUAUGAUCAGACUUGACCAUACACUCUUAAAAAAGGGGGUUCCAAAAGGGUUCUUUGACUGUCCCCAUAGGAACAUCCUUUUUGGUUCAAGGCAGAACCCUUUUGGGUUCUAUGUAGAACCCUCUGUGGAACGGGGUUCUACAUGGAACCAAAAAAGGGUUCUUCCAAGUGUUCUCCUAUAGGGACAGCCGAAGCACCUUUUUUUCUAAGAGUGUACUGACUAUACCAUUUUCCGUUUGGUGAUAUUUGUCUUGUAUAUCAAUAUUUGAUAGUCAGUUGACCAUUAUGGAAGAUGUCUAAUGUCCAAAUUGCUUCAGCAGACACACCCUAGGUCUAGUUCAAUGUAUACAUUUUUGUGCAGUUAUAUAUUUAGAUACAUACUCAUCUUAUGAUGGUACACUCCCAACAUAAAUAGACAGGUUAAGCUUUUGAAAAGACCAGAUACAUGUCUAUACCUCCAUUUGGUGUAUUUUAAUGGGAAUGUAUCAUCCUUUUCUGGUCUCGGUUUGCUAAGUUCCUGUGACAAUAAUACUUUGUUAUAUUUAGCGCAUACACCAAUUCAACUACACACCAAUUCUGUAAUGGUCCCAAAGCAUUGGCAUGACACGGAUAUAGUGCAUUGGUUGGGAUGUCACAUAAGCAUGAAGCAGUACUGGACAGCCUGAAAAAAUCAUCAUUACCUCGGUCAUUCCUUUUGUACAACUAUUGCAAUUCCUCACAAUGUGCAUUGUUGUUCAUCAAACUGUAAUAAGAAUGGCAAUUGACAUUGAUUUUAUAUUAAAUAUGAUUGCUAUUUAUAAUCAUUGGCAUUGAAAUAAAUCAACGUGAGGAUCAUUUCACGGUCAAGUAACUCAGACCUAUGGAAGUCUAUCACACAAAAAAUAACAACCAGGAAUUAAAAAGGGAUUUUGUAGGCGGGGAAACUGUCUUCAAAAUGUCUUGUUUCCCCUAAUCAUUUGUAAUAGACAUCUAUUCCCAUUAUAGGUUGUUUCAACAACCCACCUCCUAAUUUAUGUCUUGUGUACAGCCCAAUGGAUCAAUACAUUCCCUAAUAUGAUCUCACGAUCACCAUUUAUCCUCUACCCUCCAAUACUCACUGUGCAUUUUGAUUCUCUUCCUCUUGUAAUUGUGUUGUGUGUGUAUGUUGAGUUCCAGGUGUUAUAAUUAAGUAGUAAUGCCCAAGGGGGUAUGGUAUAUGGCAAAUAUACCACGGCUAAGGGCUGUUCUUAAUGCACAACGCAAUGCGGAGUGCAUGGGUACCACCCUUAGCCAUGGUAUAUUGGACAUAUAUCACAAAUCCAUGAGGUGCCUUAUUGCUAUUAUAAGCUGGUUACGUAAUUAGAGCAGUAAAAAUAUAUGUUUUGUCAUACCUGUGGUAUACGGUCUGAUAUACUACGGCUGUCAGCCAAUUAGCAUUCAGGACUCAAACCACCCAGUUUAUAAUGUGUAACAUCUAUUCUAAUGCUUAUCGGUGAUGGUGAACCCGACACACAGACAUUACCUCAUGACUGAUGAACAAAAUAUUUGUGUCAUACCUUGUGACAGAGAAUGGGUGUACUACACAGUCGGUUGGUUGUCCUUGACACAAACACAUGACACCACUGUACUACUCAUGUUGAUGUGGCCAUAAUCGGAUAAACACAACUCAUGUAUAUAAAAUACAUUCACCGGAAAGUAAAUUUCACUCAAAUACUCAAAGGAAAGGACGAGGGUGAGUUCUUUACUGUAAUGAACUACACUCCAAAGACAACAUUAUCUAGUGAGUGAAUCUUUGAAAACAGAUUGUGUGUGUUGAUGUUUCUGCAACUCUUUAUAAACCAUCUGUAGUGUAUAUCCUUUAUGUAUUUUGUGACGGUAUACAGUAUAUGACUUGCUGUUGUACACAUUUAAUCUAUGGGAAUAUGCAUGAUAGUGGCCAAUUGUG